AUGUGGCAGUUGGCAUUGGGACUGGGUCUAAUCCAGCAGCUGAGUCUAGCCAUCGUGGUGGAGCGCAACAUGUUCGCCUACUACAAGGUGCCAGCUGCUCAGCUACUUUUCGUCCAAGACUCGGAUGCGGACAUCGACUCCCACUCCCAAGAAAUCAGCACUCUGAAUGGAGGACAGCUCGGCGACCUGUACUACGUACUACAGUGUCCACCAAAGCUGGAUGAAGGCAUUCCCAAGGCGCGCGACAUGCAGACCUGCAGCGUGGUGGACCAGUACAGAGGCAUGUGGAAAAAACCCAAGAAGCCAAAGCCCAAGAAGCACUUUCACAUGGUCCCAUUCCGGAUAGUGCUGCGUCCAUUAGGUCCGCCAGCCAGGAGACGCAGUCUAAAGCGUCGUAAACGCCAGGAAAAAAUUGACAAGACUCCGGAUAUUAUAACUACGGUUGAACGGGCCGCUUCCCUAGCGAAGUUGGAAGAGGUGACUAGUCCCCUUCAGUUCCUGGGACGCACCCAUAAGCGGCAGAAGCUCAUUAAGCUGUCCGCCGACCAUCGAAAGUCCAAGCGGGGCACCAGUUCCAAAGCUCUUCAACAUAUGUACCAUCGCGAUGAGUCCUACAACGAUCAUAUAUUCUACGAUGAGCUUCAGGAGGACGGAGAGUUUCACAACCUCGGCAAAGAAAAAUUGAAUUAAAUGUAGUUAUUCCAGUAUAGUAUAUAGUAUAUAUCAG